CUUGUAUCUGACAACCCGUUAUUUCCGGUCGACAUUUUAGCUUUUAGCUGAACUUUUUCAGUAGCAAUUUGCAGAGUUUUUUCAUCUUGGUCGCUUUACUAAAAAAAAUCUCUAAGGAUUACAUUAGACGAUACUGUUGGGCAGAAACUGUGUAGUAUCAUCUAAUAAGUGUUUAUCGAAAUUGGAUUUACGGGGAAAAAGAAUACUUGGAAGAAAAAUCCAGACAGUCCAUUUCAUAGAUUCUAGACUAUAUUUGUGGUGGAUCUGUGUAAGAUUUCUCACAUAAGGACUUUUUCUUCCCUUUAAAUAUUGAGAGUUACAAGUGAAAACAAGUGCGGAUAUUGCAAAGAGAUUCUACACAAAUAAUUGAGCCAAACAAAUUCAUUCAGAAGAGCAACAAAGGGAGAAAGAGACUACGAGGGGAGGUAUAAAUCUGUGUGAACAACGAGGAGGGAAAACAAUGAACGGGAUGACGAACAGUGAUGAAGUUGUUGAAUGCCCACUGUGCAUGGAGGCACUUGAGGUGGAUGAUCUUAAUUUCUUUCCUUGCACCUGUGGGUAUCAGAUAUGUCGCUUCUGCUGGCACCGCAUCAGAACGGAUGAGAAUGAACUGUGCCCAGCGUGUCGGAAGGCGUACUCGGAAAAUCCGGCGGACUUCACUCCACUGUCUCAAGAGCAGAUUGCUGCUCUGAAGGCUGAGAAACGACAACGGGAGCAGCAACGAAAGCAAAAAGUUACGGAAAAUCGCAAGCAUUUGGCGAAUGUGCGUGUUGUUCAAAAGAACUUGGUGUUUGUCGUUGGGCUCCCACCUAGACUUGCAGAUGCGGAAAUCCUGAAGAAACAUGAAUAUUUUGGAAAGUAUGGCAAAAUACACAAAGUGGUUAUUAAUCCAAGCACGACGUAUGCUGGCGUACAAGGUCCCUCGGCCUCAGCAUAUGUGACUUAUGUGAGCAAUAGUGAUGCUUUGAGAGCCAUACAGAGUGUUAAUAGCAUCAUGAUAGAUAAUCGGCUGAUAAAGACUAGUCUAGGAACGACAAAGUACUGCAGUCACUUCAUGAAGAAUCAGCAGUGUCCGAAGCCUGAUUGUAUGUAUUUACAUGAGUUGGGAGAUUCGGAAGCAAGCUUCACGAAGGAGGAAAUGCAUCAAGGCAAACAUCAGGAAUAUGAAAAGAGACUUCAUGAUCAGUUAAUAGCACAAUCAACAGUUUUAAAUUCCAAUGCAUCGUCAAAUAAUAUUGCAACAGGUAAUGGAACAAAGACAGUGAGUGAAGCUAAAAAUAUAGGAACUCAGAAUGGACCCACGAAGGAUGCAUGGCCAAGUCUGUCAGAAUCACCUGUAGGAAAGGAUAUUAAGAUGAAUGGAAAGAUAGGAGGUGGCAAUCACAAGGAGCACUCAAUGAAGCAUGAUAACAGAAAGCAUGAAAAGACGAAAGGGGAAAAGAAGGGAAAGAAUCAAAAAAUUCAUGUAAACCCACACAAUCACAACAACAAUAUCAGCAACAAUAAUACCAAUAAUGCAAAAGAUCAACACAGUAUGCGGCAACAGCAGCAACAACAACAGGAUAUUAUUGAGAAACAGAAUCACAUCAGUGCAGAUGAUGAUGAGGUAAAUCUAAUUGAUGAUAUUGAACAAGAUGUACUGCUGGUGGAGAAUGAUCGCAAUGGUGAUACACCGUCAUUGAGCAGCAGUAGAACAUCAACGAGCAAUACUGGUGAUAGUGGUGCAUCUAGUGAGAGUGGCAGUGGUAAGAGUUCACCGGCCAGCUCUUUUCCAGAUCACUCCCAUCAGAAUCUGUCAACAUCGGUGUCGUCAACAUUAUCAUCGGCCUCAUCGGCGUCCACAACAGCCAGCUCAGAAGUUGCCACUAAUCAACAGGUGCAGCAGCAGAAUAGAGCAAAUUUGGACAAAACAAAACAACACAGUGAUUCCACACAUUUUGCCACCAGUGAACAGAUUAAUGGAAAUAGUGGAAAUGGGGGUGUGGUUCGUGAUGCCACAACAAAAUUCACAAAAUUAUCCCUCUUCGAUGAUAGCAACAGUUUCUUCUCUACAAACACUUUCCAGCCAUACAUGAAAGUGGAUGGCACACAAUCUAAUACCAGUCAACAUCCUGAACACGUAAAUGGUGUCAAUAGAUCCACUCCUCCGACACAGUCACAGCCAGAGCAGACUGCAGGUACCAGUAACAGUCAACAGCCACCACAGAUGAACGAAAACAUCUUAGCAAAUACAUGUGAAGACUGGGAAGCUGCAUUCAAGUAUGUCAUGCUGAAAAAUAAUAGUAAACAUACAGAUGAGCAGCAAGAAGAGCUAUUUCGAAUGCAAGAAAUGCAAAAACUCAGUUCAGUCAAUGGAAUCCGAAUGGGACAGCAGCAUCAACAGUACAAUGGUUUACAUGGUGACUUCAAUUCAGACUUCUUUCACUGUUCAAAUGAAAUCAACAGACAGUUGCUACAACAUCAGCAGCACUCUCGAACACAACACAAUAAUUUACAUAGUGGAAAUGAGAAUAUGAAUCACAUGUAUACGGGAAAUAUGUCAAAGUUCUUUGACUUCCACAAAAAUCAACAAAAUCAGCAACAACAACAGUACAUGAUGAAUGGUCAUUCGACAAACGGACCAUCCGUUGAUCAGUUGAACAUGGCAAACUUGGUGGAGAACAACAGACUCAAUUCUCAAUUUAUGGAGCAACACGGUCAUCUUGUAUCGCAAUUGCCGAAACAAAGCUGGCUCAAUAAAAUGGACACUCAACAGCAACAGCAGCCGCAACAACAAUCUCACAAUAUGCUCUUCAACAGCACUCCACAAAAUAGACUUCAUAAUCAAUAUGGCACUCAAAAUUCUGCAGUUAUUGACGAUGAUUUGGGUUUUGAUCCAUUUAUUGAGACCCAAAAGGCUCUUGCUGAACUGAUGGAAUGUGAAAUGGUGCAAAAUAAACCACAGACUAAUCAUAGUAAAUUAUUAGAAAAUUGUCAGAGGACACGUAUGCCACCACCUGGUUUUAACCACAUGAAUGCGUUUGGUUUUGGAAUUCCAAGAGCGCAAGGCAGCAAAAUUUUACCGUUCAUGAAUAUGGGAAAUUCAACACAGCAACAACCACCAGAUACAAAUUGGGGCUAUAUGAAUGGCUAUCCACAAGGUCCACAGUCAAAUGAUCAGAUCAUUUCACAAUCUCAGCAGCAAAACAGUCAUUCAACACUUAAAUCAAAUUCCUUUUUAUCAGACUACGGAAGUAUGACUUCAGAUUGGACCUCUCUGGAUCCGGCAAUUGUAUCAUUCCGACAGUAUCCAACACUUCUGUCCGGUCCAACGUUACAGCAACAGCAGGCACAGUCUCAAGCUCCACAAACAUCUGACUUGUUUUUAUCACAGCAGCAACAACACAAUGGGCCAGGUUUUACACACCAUGGAAUAAAUCUACAAUCAAGUAUUAUGAAUCAACAACCUCCACAACAAAAUUCACCAGCACAGGUAAAUGCUCAUGUUCAAGGAAUGCUGGAGUAUUUAAAAAAUCGUCACUUUGUAUAGUUUUUCUUGUAAAAAAAAAAGACAACAAAAGUCGGGUUAUACCAUUACAUUAAAAAUGAAGGUAAUCAUCGUAAAGAGGAAGAAAAAUUGUUCAGAGCAGCAAAAAGCGAAGAAAUCAAAUUGAAUCAGAAAAUAAACAGUAAUAAACAUGCAUAAUUAUAAUUAAAAAGAAAAAGAAUAUUAAAAAAAAGAAAUUUUAAAUGGAUAAGGGGCAAUAGAAUAAAAUUAAAUUCAAACUUUUC